GAAGCGAAAGCGAAAGAUUCGAAAACCCCGCUGUAUUUCGCUGCGCAGAAGGGUGCUGCGAACUGCGUCAAGUUGUUGGUGGAUCAUGUGAACUGUCUCGACGAAGCUGACAAUGCUGGAUCCACGGCGCUCAUGGCAGCUUGCCAGGCUGGCCAUGACGCGGUUAUUAAACAACUUCUCGGUCGGGGCGCAAACACCGAGGAACGAGAAAGCCAUGGCAGAACGGCACUGCAUCUCGCAGUGGCAGGCGGUCAUUUGAAGGCAUGCCAGUUGUUGCUAUCGCACGGAGCCCAGAUCAACGCUGCUGCUCACGAUGGCACCACUCCU